UUUUUAUGAUAUGUCUGGUCUAGUUGGUGAUAGUGAUAUAUCUGGUUGUGAACUUUCGGACCAAGUCGAAGACCUGUCACCCAAUCAAUCUACAAACAAUCAGAAACCUGUUAGCUUCGACAUAGAACACACUCCAGUGAAUAUUUCUGAAGUAACCUCAGAUUCUCCUUCAAUAAGAAAAUGCGUUAUCGAUAGAGUGGCAAAUAUUCAGAAUACGAUAGUCCAAGCAAAUACGUUGAUAAAGCUGAUUCAAGACGCGAUUAACUCUUCUAAUGCUUUUACCAAGGCUUUAAGGGCUGUUUACACAGAGCUCGACUCGACGAGAAAGUCCAUCCAAGUUAAAGGGUUUGAAGUUGAAGGUCUAAAUUCAAAGACAGAAGAUUAUUUUUUAAACUGUGGACACGACAUGGAAAUCAGACGUUCUAAUCUAUUUCAAAUAACCGGAAAAAGGUCAAUAUCUUUGUUACAGAAUUUGAUCUGCAAGGCGAGAUCAGUGAAAAGAAAUUUUAGAAAGUGGAGUUUGAUGUGCAGUAGGACAGAUGCGCUGGUGGCAAAGAUUUGCCAGCUUAAGAGAAACUCGAGUCGCUUGCACAGUUUGUCGAAGGAGCUCGUCAUCUGCAACCAAGAUCGAACGACGAUGUUUUAUGAAACCGCUACCAUGUACAAUGAAUAUUAUGCAUAUAUGACACUCACCUAUUUUGAGGCAAUUUUAGAUUUGACUGGUAUACAGGAGGGUCUGGCGAACAGGGUAGAGGAAUUGACUGAAAACGCUUUAAGGGCAAAGAGCGCGCGUAGGUUUAUAAAAAUGCAUUUUGAAUUGCUUUCGUCCUCAUUCAGGACUUUGAACGAAGAAAAGUCAAAUCUGCUGGCCAAAAAGCCAAGUCAAAAUGUGCUAGGUAGGAUUUCUAUGCAAGGCUAUUUAUUUCUCAAGUGCAAUUCUAACGUAUUCAAGCGGAAAUUUUUCGUCUUGAAGGACAGCUUUUUUUUUUGUCACAAAACUGCUGACACUGAAAAGUCGAAGUUCGUCUUGAACAUGCUACUUUGCUCUGUAAGACCUGCGCCUCAUCAGAACAGAAAUUUUUGUUUCAAAUUAAUUGCCCCACAAAAGACCUUGACUUUACAGGCCGAGUCAGAGGCGCUAAUGAACGAAUGGGUCGAAAAGUUGAAAACCUGUAUCUCCGCCCAACUAAAGGGGAUGUCUAUGAAUCGCAACAACCCACUUACGAAUGCAACGAAAGAGUCCGACGCGCGGAAUCUGCUGAAUCCGGACUUCUUGGAGCUGGGAUCCUCUUUAGAGAAAGUGUAUCGGUAUAGCGAGAGAGAUCGCGCAAACUGUUUAGAGAUGAUCAAAAAUUUGUUCAUAAGCGACCCUUCGAAUGAACAAUGCGUCGAUUGCGGAGACAAGCUGCCCACGUGGGUCUCUAUUAACCUCGGGGCCCUCAUGUGUCUAGAGUGCUCUGGAAUCCACCGCGCCCUGGGGACGCACAUAUCUCGAGUAAAGUCGAUUGUCCUGGAUGAGUUAGAAUUUAGCACGAUAUUGCUGAUCGGGUCUAUUGGAAACUCGAACCUCAACUCGAUUUAUGAUCCUCAAGGUUUACUUGUGUUGAAGCCGGAUUCCAGCAGGAAGCAAAGAGAGGCGGUCAUAAAAGCGAAGUACGAGCAAAGGAUAAUGGUUCCAAAAUACGGCAACAAAGAUUUAGAAGCGGACGGCAAAGAAUACGUUGAUGUUUCCUCCGAGCACAUAGAUGAAACUGCAAGUCUACAAGCGGAGCUUGCGCACACCAUCAAAUCUGGGAACGUAUUAGAUGUGCUGAGACUGUACGCCCAAGGAGCCGAUCUCAACUAUUGCUAUCAUGACGACUUCUCUAAAUACCCAAUUCACUACGCAGUGAAUGUUGGCUCAAUUGAGGUGCUGGAAUUUUUGAUUCAAAACGGCGCAAACAUGAACGUCCAAGAUGAUUAUAAGAAGACGCCCCUGCACUAUGCCGUGGUUGAAAAUUCUCUUUGUGCCGCGUUUCUGUGCAAGCACAAAGCAAAUAUUGAUUUGCUCGACGCAGACAACAACAUGCCGAUUGACAUUGCUCUGAAAUUCCAGAAUGCGAAUUCGCUGACGUUGCUCAGACUCAUAAGGCUCGCUCGAGAAUGCGAGCGCGAAGAGAGCAAGCAAUUUUUGGCAGAGUUGGACGUGUUUAUUAUGGAUACGUACAAUCGAGAGCUCAGCCAGCAACAGGGCUCGGGUUCCGUCGAGCAGGCAGAGGGUCUGGCAACCUAGCGCGAAUUCUCAUCUUCUCUCACUCAAGGAGAAGGUGGUGUGUUGUUUGAAGAUGUUUUGAGAUAUCUAGGAUAUUGUGAACAAACUAGAAGUGUAAGAUUGUACAAAAUGACAGUGUUUUUCUUGGACUUUUCGCGGUGCUGUAUGGCCACGCGCAGCAGGUGGGGGAGACGCGAACGGCUUUAUCCGGGGGUUAUUCAGGUUUAUAUCGGAAAGAAUUUAUGCGGGUAAAUAAGCCACGUUUUCUCAGUCCGCGGGCUGGACUGCCUCGUGCAAUUUGGCGCUGUAUUGGGUUUUCCGCCGCCAUGCUGUCGCCUCCUUUUUAAUCGGCGAUUUGAAAAAGUCGAGCCCAGGUCAAUACGACAAACGAACCACAAUAUGUGUGUCAUGCGUUUUUUUUAGUUUGUAUACUAUGUACCGGUUUAAAUGAACCUGUUUUUC